UCGUCAGUUCGCAGCAGACAGCGCGCGCGAACGCACUCACACUCGAGCUAAUUUAGAAUCAUCUCCGCGCACGACCCAGUGCUACGCUAAAACGAACAAAGGGUGCUUCCUAGUUUAAAUUAGAAUUAAAAGGGCGGCAUGGCGAUAUCCAGCCCGAGACUGUGGUGGCUCGCCAUGGCGCUACUGUUAUGGGCCCCACACACACACUGCCGGGAGUUCACACACGAAGACAUCAGGGAGGCAAUGCUGUCACUAGUCCACAUGAUAAGAAUGUCGGAAGACAAACUCGAGAGGCACGAGUUCAGAGAAAAGGCCCUCGGCGAACAAGUCAAGAAAAUGCUAACUGGCCUCGACAAGAAGCACAGGACUCUAGAACCGUUGAAAGGCAUGAUCUCAAGGCUAGAUGAGCGGUUAUCCAAUGUAGAGACUAUACUCUUACAGAAAGAAGAACGAGAAAAGGCGUCUCAGACUAAAAUAAAUGAGUCACUAGAAAGUAUACAAAAAGCCUUAAUGGCUUUGGCACCAGCCCCGGCGCCGCCUGCAGACUUGGACAACUCCUUGUCGACCAGCGGCGACGCCGUGCUGAGGCGACUCGACGCCACUGACUCUAAAAUUGAUGCUGUGAAGAAAGAAAUUAAAACACUCAAGACUAGUUUAAGUCCGGAGUCCCUCCGAUCUAUGUGCCUAGAGGUAGCGUCAGAUGCAAAUCCGUUUGAGAAACACAUAUCAGAUGCAGAGAAGCUACUGAACAAGUAUGAACUGAAGCUGAACGAGUUCAACGGAACUAAAGUGCAGACGGACUUUGUGCCCCUCAACGAGGUGUCUCUGGCUGAUGAGGCCUGGCACAGCAAGAUGUCUGAAGUGAUGGAACGCCAAGAGAUAGAGGUGAAGAAGAUCCAACGUUUGUUAUCUGAUGCGGAGAGCAUGUGGAAGGAUCUGCCAAGGCUGGCCGAUCUGAACCGCUCCACCAAUGAAACCAUCGACUCCGUCAACAAAGCCACCGAGACCUUGCUCAUCAAUAAUGAAAUGGCCGUAACUAAGAUGGAGACGAAGCUGCGCGAGAUGGGCGACCGCCUGGUGGCGACCAACGAGGACGUUCAGCGCAGCCUGACGCAGAGCAACACCAUGACAGAGCACGCCUACAACGACAUCUCACGGAGCUACGAGACCUUGCGCAAUGAGGUCCAACUGCUAUCUAAGAGUGAGCAAGUAAUCCUGGAGACAGCAGACAACGUGGUGGCGACGAAGAAACGUUUCGAGUACGGCGUCAACCAGAUCCUGAUGGAGGUCGGCGAACUUUUGAAAAAUCAACAGAAGAACAUGAAUCACACUGUUAGUAAGAAGUUGGACAGCAUGGAGACAGCGAUCACGAGCAACCAGACCACAGCGAUGAAAGCUCUCAGCUCGAAGGUGGAGUCGGAGAUGUCUCAAGUGUGGAGGCAGAUCGGCAUCAUGCACAAGCAGAUCAUGAUGAGCAGCCAGGCCUUGAACAAGCUGUCUGAAUUCUCCCAGGAGUUCGUUAAUGCGAGUACAUCUACAAUGGACAAAGUGAAAAAGGAGGUGGGCGACAUCACGACACGCAUCGUGGAGUUGCAAAGCAACCUGAACUUCGUGCUCGGCGAGCUAUCGAUAGCGUCCCAGGAGUUCCGACAAAUGGCCUCCGGACUUACCAAAGCUUUAAACGAAGCUAAAAACAAGAACAGCACCACUGUACCUACGGUUGAAGACGCCGGCCCCGGACCUCACACGAUCGCGAGCGCCGAGAAGACAACAUAAAUAACUGAUGCCAAAUAACAUAGACAUAGUUAAUUAACAAUUAUUAGAUAAGUUCUUACCGCUUAAAUAUUAAUCUGUAAGUCGACUGAUGAGAGGUGUUUUGUAUGAAAAUGAAAUAAAACUCGUACAAUAUUAACUUUUGCAAAUAUUUAAUCUCUUUUAUAAUUGUGGAUCUAUAUAUUUAUAUUGUACAAGUUAUAUGAUACAAUGAAAUUUUAUCGUGACAGAUAUCCCAACGUCACAUACAAGUGAACGCGUAAAAUCAACAAUAUACAACUGACGGGGAUCCUCUAAGAAAACGUGAAUCAAUCAACUGUACAAUCAUAAUAUUGAUAUAAUAUUUAUUAUUGAUCUUAAAUAAUAUACACACAAAUUAUUUGUCA